AACCCUCCCCUCAGUGAGGAGAUGCUUCCACCUGGAGAAUGGAUGUGUCAUAGGUGCACAGUUCGUAGAAAAAAGCAAGAGAAAAAGGAAAGACUAAGCCAAGUAAAUGGAGUUAUGGACAAGCAGACGGUUAAAAGGACAGCCUCGCCUACUGUGGACAUGGAGUUCCCUGACAAGUCCCACAGUAAAGCAUUGGAUUCCAGGGUGGACAGUAACUGUAGAGCAUUUGCACAAGCAAAAACUUUGGAAAGGCAUGUCAGUCGGCCUGGCACACCGACGUCUAACGCAAGCACCGACACGCCCACCUCUGAGCAGAACGAUGUGGACGAUGACUUGAUUGAUGUGGACGAUGACAAUGCUGCCAUGGAGAUAGACUGCUCACAAUUACAAAUAAGGAAUCCAUUUGAAAUACUUAUAGCAGCAGCCAUGGAGCGAAAUCCAACUCAAUUCCAACUUCCAAAUGAACUGACAUGUACCACAGCACUUCCAGGUACCAGUAAAAGGAGAAGAAAAGAAGAAAUGACAGGGAAGAAUGUGAAGAGGUCACAGCAUGAACUAGACCACAAUGGCCUGGUCCCACUACCUGUCAAAGUUUGCUUCAUUUGUAACAGGAGUUGCAGAGUGGCGCCCCUUGUCCAGUGUGAUUACUGCCCUUUAUUGUUUCACAUGGACUGCCUGGACCCACCUCUUACUGCAAUGCCAAUGGGAAGAUGGAUGUGCCCCAAUCAUAUUGAACAUGUGGUGCUUAAUCAAAAGAAUAUGACGUUGAGCAAUAGGUGCAGAAUAUUUGACAAGUUUCAAGACCGAAUAUCACAGCAUGCAAUUAAGAUUGACUUUCUAAACAAGAUCCACAGAAAGCAUCCACCCAAUCGCAGACUUGCAAAGCCAGUGAAAAGGAAAAACAUGAAGGUUCCUGAAGCAAUUAAGGCCCAGUACCAGUAUCCACCGCCUCUCCUUCCUCCGGCAGGAAUCCGUGAUGGAGAGCUGAUAUGUAGUGAGACUCCCACUGAGUCACAAAAGCACCUUUCCAACCAUGAGCACUUUGCUGCUGAAGAGGAACAACAGGAGUGGCUUCGUAGUGUUGUUGCACUUCAGUGCAGCAUAUUCAAACAUUUAUCUGCUAAGCAGAUGCCAUUAUAUUGGGACUCUGAACGCGUUGACAAAGCGGAUAUUAAGCCAUGUGUCUCAGCGCAGUGUUCAGCGGACAGCUCUUUAAGCAGCAUGCAUCAGGCAGCCGGAAAGAAACCAUCGUCCCCAUCACUGACUUCAUGCAAUGUUACGCGCACCUCAGGGACCAACAGCCAGAAUUCUUCAGGUUCCUCCGCAUCACAGCAGCCUGGCGCUGCAGUCACACAGGAAGAAAAUGCCCGUAUUUUACACCCCGAGACCUCGUGCAAGUCGUCGAGCGGCGGCGGGACUUCCAACGGACCUUUGUCAGCAGAGGUGAAAGUAAACCGGCCUUUCCCGUGCGCGCUUUCAUCUGAACCGUCCCGGCAGCUGUUAGACACGCAGAGACCAAAGGGACAAUUAACGCCGCAGCUGCCAAGCCAAGUCUCUGGGCAGGCAUGGCUGCAUUCUCAGCUGCGGCCCACCACCCCACCAGCAGCCGGCAACCUCCAAAACCAUUUUGUGGGAACGGUUGUCAAGGCGGAGAAUGCAGGAGGACCCGUUUCGUGCUUGCAACGAAUUCCUAUCAGUGUGACGAGUGUUCCCGCUUCUUUAUCUACUUUGUGUGCCAGUUCUGAGAUCACCAGCAGCUCGCAGCUCAAAAGCAUCGCUUCGGUGCAGAUAGCUGGGCGGCCUACCACGUUCAUGGCAAAGGUCGUCACGACAUCCUCUGCGAUAGCCAGGGCUAUUACACCUCCAAGAGCAGUGGCAGAUAGUGUAUCAACACUGUUGGGACCUUCAAGGAACCUAAUUUCACCAGCAGCCACAGGUAAAGUGAGUCCAACUGUGCUGUCAACAGGUGUGUCAGUGGGAAACAAAGCAGUUCCCUUAACUUCUCCAUUAAAUACUUCAGUUAUGUUUGACCUUGCCAACUCUCUGCAGGCAGCUAUGGAAGGAAGUGGAGAGAUUGAACUCAGUAAGCUGGAUGAAAAAUUGAUUCAGGUACUGGCUUGGCAAAGAAUUCAGCAGCUGUUUCCUCCCAAAGCAUCCUCUUUACCAUCAGUACUUAGCACCUCGAAAACCCAGACAAAUGCUGCAACCACGCAGACUGAAGUUCCAGUGAAAGAAGUUCAGGCACGAGCUGUGUUUUAUCCCCUAACGGGUAAAGGUCAAGCUGUUAGUAUGUGCUACCGAACACUUUAUAUAGGAACAGGUGCCGACAUGGAUGUGUGCCUUACAAAUUAUGGUUAUUGUAAUUAUGUUUCAGGCAAACAUGCCUGCAUAUUCUAUGAUGAGAACACAAAACACUAUGAAUUGCUGAACUACAGUGAACAUGGGACGACUGUUGACAACGUGCUCUAUUCAUGUGACUUCUCUGAGAAAACUACACCCACUCCACCAAGCAGUAUUGUUGCCAAAGUUCAAAGUGUAAUAAAAUAUUGCAAGAGCAGAAAGGAAGAGGAGGAGCAGGAGGAGACGGUCAUGAGUUCCCAGGCCCAGGGACCGCAGGGUAAAGCGUGCAGCUGCAAGGCCAGCAGCUCCAGUUUAAUCGGGGGCAGUGGCGCAGGGUGGGAAGGGACGGCGCUGCUGCAUCACGGAAGCUACAUCAAGCUGGGCUGCCUCCAGUUUGUCUUCAGCAUCACGGAGUUUGCAAUGAGGCAGCCAAAAGAGGAGGAAGGCCUCUUGCACGAUGCUGACCUAGAACAGAAGCAUUUGAUGAAACUUCAUCAAGCCCCAGUGUUACGAUCCAACUCUGUUCCAUGAGAGUUUCUGAAGUGUACAUAGGACUAAACAGGGAACCAUGAACCGAAGAAGCUGUCUUUAUAUUGCAUGGAAUGAAGUAUCUUCAGCAUUUUUAAAUUUUUUUUUUUUGCCCUCCCCCUCCUCCCCCUCCACCUUUUUUUUUGCUCAGAUUUUGUGAGCAGUUGCACAUAGAAUUUGUAUAAUGACUUCUCUUUUAAAUAUGUAACUUGUCAUAGUUGUAAAUGUUGACUGAAUGAGAAGACGCAGCAGAGGUCCUGUUCAAAGGUCAUGGCAAAGCCCUCAGUAGAACGAACUGGAAAAAGCCUAGGAUACAUUCGGACUGCAUCCCUAAACAUGUACAAAUAAUCAAAGACUUGUUAUAUUUUGUGCCAGUGACGAUAGUUUUUAUAAAUAUGUGCAAAGUUUUCAUAAAAGGAUAUGUUUAUCUACUCUGAUCAUUGUUUUAUUUAAAUGCAUCUGGGAGUCCCUAUGAGCCAGGUGUUUUUCCGCUACUUUUGCACUACGAGUAGCUGCUGUGAACUGAUUGAAGAGGAAAGAAAUCUUUCAAAUAUCAAUGGUAUUUUAUUUGACUGAGAAGGAGAAGUGUUAAAAGUAGAGUCUGUGUCAAUGCUCCUUUAAUGGUGCAGGUGGUUUUUAAAUGUCUAACACGCUAAAAACUUGUGGUAUGGCACCAGUUGCCGUUGUGUUGUAUUGUAGUGUAAAAGUUUGUCGUAAGCUUGUUAAGGUCCUUUUUCACACAGUAGUUCAAAUGUAAAUAGUUAAUGUAUUGUUUCAGAUUUUACAACAGACACUUUCAUGUAUUCUGUAUAUAAAAAUUUGACUCCAAGUUCCUGUCUCUGCCUGUCUAUUAUGACUGUAAAUACAUCAGAUUUUUUUAAAGAAAAA